AUGGACGACGUCGAGAGAGCAGUACAAGAAAAACUCGAUGAGGUAAUGCCAUGGAUAGGUCUCUACAUCGCGGUAGCUUCUGCAGUAUGCACACUUGCAAUAGCAGCUGAUUUGUUCAACGGGUUACGAUUUAAGAAGUUGUGGUUCCCUUGCAAAUACUUCUCUCUGAAUGCCACUUCCUUGACAAUAUUAGGCGUGGCAAUGAAACUACCAAUGGAUCUCGACACUCUUUUCAUGUACGAAUCGGAUGGGCUUGCAAGGUUUAGUAGUUUGGUUUUUAUGUCAACGGCGAUGGCUAACUUUAUGUUAUCUUUGGGCUCCAUGGAGGAUAAAGAGAUUCUGAUGAAUGUUGUUGCUCUUGCAAUUCUUGUAAUAACAAUCAUGGUUAACUUUUGGAUACAAGUUUUCCAGCUGCGGAGCUUUUUGGGCUACGACACCGGUAACAUGUUUUCUGCAAGUUCGAUGCUUCUUUUGCUUGCCACCUUCAUUUCUUCGGCAAUCACACUCCCGACAAGUAAAAGGAGUUUGGAGUCAAAAUACCAAGAGAUGCACAAGGUGACAAUGAGGGAAGAAGGGACAAUGAUGACAGGGCGGGGAUUCAAAUCCAACAAAUGGAUGAUCCAUGGGAUGAGGAAGUAUUGGGUGAUGGCAAAGACUAGCGACCUUCAAUUUGUGAUGGCACGUUCAGUCUUUUGCACUACUUCAAGUGUUAUUUGCUUAAUCGCUGCUGUCCUUUUAGUGUUUAAUUAUAUUAGAUGGUUUAAGCUUGUGGGACUGACGCUCGGACAAUCCCAUUCUGUAUAUGGACGUUACACGAAAUGGGUUCUAAUACUUCAAACAAUAGGGGUGGUGCUGGGCACAAUUGCGCCUUUAUGUCGUUGGUUUACGGCUGUCAGAUUCAAGUGCUUGAUGACUUGUCGUAAAAUUAGUCUUAUGGAGGAACUCAAAAUUGAGGCACACUGGACCCAGACUCUUGUUCAUUUGAGAGACAACUUCUCAGGUUUGCAAUUUUACAACAGCACGUGCAGGGCAUAUCUUCAUGAUGCAAAAUGGUUCGUUCUAACUUUUUUCAUUGGAGUUCAGAUUAUGAUGGUUCUAAUUAGCAAGCUGCUUGUCCUCAUUCCUGCCUUACUUGUAACUCCAAUUCUCAUGUGCUUCAAGAAGUUGAAGACACAGUGUUCAUCUCAACUUACAACCUUAAAUAGUUCUAUGGGAUCUAAAUCAAGUGGCGAUGCAGAGCUAAAUCUCAGUCGUUUUGUUCUUCUACUUGAUGGAGAACCAGAGCUACCCGAGAGGACUCUAAAGAACAUUCUUUACCAGGCAGAUAAAGUCAUCGAAAUGGGUAAAAAACAACAACCAAAAGAUCUGAUACAGCUUCUAGAAAACUUCAACAACUUCAGUGGUGUAAGAGAAUUUGAUUGCUCCCAAGUUCCAAGUCUGCAUUCUCAAGAACCUCCAAAUUGCUGGUCUCUACCACUGGUGACUCUUACAAGCAUCGCAAUUUCACUUCCAAACAUCGCGAACAAUCACAACAGGAUACAAUUAAUGAGUAGUGUGAUUGAAGGGUUGUCUCUGGUGAAGCUCAUAGAGAAAACGCUCGAUGAAAAUGAUGAACUCAUGAACAUCAGAAACGCUGCAGACGUUGUUUGGUCCAGAGUUGCAAUUUACCGGAAGUGGCAAGAGAUCGAUCUCAGAAGGAUAUCUAUCAGAUGCAAAAGCUCCAAGAAUGUACUACAAGAACUCUCUAGCAGUGCUGAAACGACAAUGGUCGAGUUCAAGAGAAAAGUAAAUGAUUUCCUCAUGGAAAAUCCUCUCAAUUGGCCACCUAAACUCAUAGCUGCUAAUUCAAUGUAUCGGAUCACCCGAACUAUUUUGCUGCUCUACCAAGAGGAAAAUGAGCAAGUUGAGGUGGGAUUGUUCGAGCGAUUAUCUAUCAUGAUUGCAGAUAUUAUGGCAGCUUGUUUCACAAAUUUAGCACAUGUGAUGAUUACCAUGUGUCAUCGGAAGGCAAUAGAAAAACGAGAAAAAAGCGUGCACGAAGCGUUUCUCCUUUUUGGUAAAACAGGACAAAUUCGUGAACUUCUCCAACGACAAGAAUGGCCACCUCUGGAUCAUGACAAGGCAGCAUACAUUGAAGAGUGGCGUGCUUUCUUCUUGCAAGAUAAUGAUAAUCCAAUGACCUUCACUUCAACUUCAAGUGAUGAAGAGCAGGAAAAUCCAGUUUCCAAUGGUGAGCAAAUAACUGUUACGGUAGACAGAUAA